UUCAAUACAAACUUGGUAUUAUAUUAGUAGGCUUAUCAUCAUUCUCUUGUCACUUACCUUACCUUUCCACUCAUUUUUCACAUCUAUUAAAAUGGAAGAUGAAUUUGUGUUGGUCAAUAUAGUCUCACCCGCACACUUUGUGCUAGUCCAUGGCGCUUGUCAUGGAGGGUGGUGUUGGUACAAAGUCCGAUGCCUACUCGAAAGCAUCGGACAUAAGGUAAGCUCCCCCGAUCUAAGUUGCUCCGGGAUUGAGCCCUCGGAUCCUAAUACUAUGUUUACCUUUCAAGAGUAUAACAAACCCCUUCACGAUAUGAUAGCUAAUCUACCACCAGGUGAAAAGGUAAUAUUGGUGGGGCACAGUAUAGGAGGAUACAAUAUAACAGAGGUUCUCCAAAGCUAUCCUCAUAAAAUCCAAGCUGCGGUAUAUGUUGCGGCUGCAAUGCUUCCAAACGGAAACCAGACUGAAAAAGAUAGAAAAUAUGUGAUGCUUGAUUUGCCUGGGAAAGAAGUAUUUGACUUUACUUAUGGUGAAGGACCUGACAAACCUCCUACUAGUGCCAUUUUCAAGAAAAAAUUUCAGCGUCAGUAUUUAUACAAUAUGAGUCCUUUAGAGGAUUGCACACUAGCAGGAAUGCUUCUAAGACCAACUCCGGUGAGAGCUACCGGCGACGCUGAAUUUCCCGACGGUAAGGGCUCCGAUAAGGUGCCACGUGUUUACAUUAGGACGUUGAAUGACAAUCUCAUGUCACUUGAGAGACAUGAAGAGUUUAUCAAGAAAUGGCCUCCGUCUGAAGUUUAUGAUAUUGAAAGUGAUCAUUGUGCCAUGAUUUCCAACCCUACUCAAUUAUUUGGGUUACUUGUUAAGGUUGCUACUAAGUGGCAUUAGGUGAGAUAAUAAAACGUGUUUAUCCAAUGCAUUAGGGGAGACGUGGUUGAUAACUUGAUAUGAUCUUGCCAUUUUUUUUAUUGAUUACAGUUUAUUAGAUUCAACUUCUCUAAAUUAAGAUUAGUGUAGUUUUGUUUUAAUUUAAGACUUUCUUCCCAUGCUAUAUCAGCUUUUCAAUAACAUAUAACUAGCUCUAUAUGUACAAGAUACAUGCAAAAAAAAUAUGUGUUAACUAUUUAUUAUUGUGAAUACGUCACACACCCAUGCGAAUAAUGAGAAAGAUUUUAUUUUAUUUUAUUUUUUUUGAUAAUUAACACACUACACCAAAAACUAGAUUAGAGAUCACAAAAUAUAGAACGGUUAUUAAAGGUAGGCGUUCUCCAGAAGAAUAUAGAUCGUUUUAAUAUAAGAGGCGUUUUGUAUGUUAAUACAUAUAGAACGGUUAGUAUAGUUAACCGUUCUGUAUUUCAAUUUACUCAAAUAAUUAAAAAUAAUAAUUAUUUAUUAUAGAUAAUAUAUAGAACAGUCAUCUUGACAACCGUUUUGUAUUAUAUUAAUUAAUUUUUUAUUUUUAAUUAGGAGGAAAUUAUAUACAUACGUACAUACACAGUAAUAAUUUAUCCAUGUUUUCAAAAAAAUAAAAUAAAAUAAAUUACCGAAACUUCCGUCAAAAUUUUUUUACCCAAAAUACUAAAAGGGAAUAUUUAAGCGCUCAUCACUUUCACUUUCAUAAAAAAGUGAAUCUCUUUCUCAUUCAUCAGUAAAAAAAAAGUGAAACCUUCAUCAAACCUCCAUAGCAAAUCCUUCAUCAGCCGCUUACUGCACCGCCGCUCCACGUCUGCAGUACCGCAUCUAUCUGCUGAGCCACCAGUAAAUUGAGGACAAUAUUAUUAGCAUGGAAAGUGGAGUAUGUCUUUUCAAGCAUUUCUGCAUCAUAUUUGCUGCUUGCUGCAGAAAAGAUAAAAAAAAACAUCUCAUUGGGAAGUUGAUGUUGAGGUGGAAGAGUUUUAUGUCAAGGAGGGUGCAAAUCAUCUUAAUGGCGGCUUAUUUGUAGGGAAAAUAAUUAUUUAUGCUGAUCUAAAUCAUAUUAUCUUGAGGAUCACCCCCAAAUAUGAAUCUAAAGCCAAGGAAAACUCUGUUUUGGUUUCAUCUCACAUUGAUACUGUUUUCUCAACGUACGUAUGUGAUUAUAAUAUCUUUCACUGUUGUUUUUGACUUUUCACUGUCUCUGUAUUUGUGAAUUAUGACAAAUUUCUGAAGAAGAGUUUAGUAAUAUACUUAUUCUCUUGAAACAUCUA